AUGGAUAUAAAUACUGGAGUUCAAAUACCAAUGACGCCAAUUAAUGAAAAUGUUUGCUUUAGCGUUUGUACAAGCAAAGAUGAUUUUGAUAAAUUAAAACAAGGUUUAACACUACUUGAACAAGCUAAAGUUUAUGAUCAUAAUAGAGAUUAUUAUACUGCUAUACGCUAUUACCGUGAUGGAGUUGAUUAUCUAAUGGAUGAAUUCAUGUCUCGUGCAAGUGGUAAUGAACAAUCAAAAGAGUAUCUUCGACUUAAAUGCCAUAAAAUUUUAAAUCGUGUUGAUAUUUUAAAAAAAUUAAUUAAACAACAAGAACAUGAAACCAUGCAAGAAGCCAUAGACGAUGAUGAAAAACAAAAAGAGAUCGAAUCUUAA